AUGACCCUUCUCACCCCAGUGACUCCGCGCACUGGUCGUGGCUGUUCAGCCCCGAGGAACGCAGCAGAAAGGGAAGAAAGUCGGCUUUCACCCAGCCCUUAACAAACAAGACGAACAAAAUAACAGCGGAUAAUGCGGAACCUUUUCUGCGACCUUCUCAUUUUGGGACCGGCCAGCUGAUUUCAUGAGUUCGAUCUGGGACGAGGAAUUAGAAGGGGUGGAGGACGUAAUUGAACCACGCUAAAGUUUGACAUGUUGUGGAGCCGGUUCCACGGCAGUGCGCUUUGACGAGCCGUCUCUCAAGCGGUUGCACUCCGACUGAAUGCCAGCGAGAGAGAAUAAAUCAAGAUGCUGAAGGGUGAGGGGGGAGCCCUGCGGAAGGCGGGCUCCGAGGGUUGCCUGCUCGACUGCCAGACCUCGCCGUGGCCCCGGCGACUGCUGCAGCGGCGCAAGCACCCAUCGGCCGGGUGUGCGGUGGCUGUGACCGCCGAGGCGGGGACUGGGUCUGGGGCCGUGACGGCGACCCAAGCGGGUCCGGAGCGGCCGGUGGUGAUUCCCGAGGUGCGCAUCCAGCGGGACUACAGCCUCAGCGUGGACACCUUGCACCAGCUGGUGGCUGGCAGCCCGGAGGAGUCGGACAUCGAGCGGAGCAGCGAGAGCUUGGGUCCGCCCUGCGGCCUGGGCGUAGCCGAGCCCAGCAUGUGGCGGACCUACAGCGACGGCAACCUGUCCCGGGCCGGCGGCGAGAGCCGGCCGUUCGCCUCCGGACACCACCUUGGCAGCAAGCAGAAGGCGGAGAGUGGUUGGAGUCUCCCUUCCCCGAAGACGCUGCGCAAGGAGCGAGUGUUGGGCCGAGUGGCCGCGGCCAAGGAGCACCUGCGCUCCCUCUUCACCGGAUCCCGUAAGCACCUGGCCUCCAGCUUGGAGUCGGACCUCGGACUUGACGCCUCCGAGAGCGACAGCCGGAGCCGGUGGAGGAAUCCCUUGGCGAGCCGUUUGGGCUUCUGGCAAAGGAGGAAUGACUCAGCAGGGCUGAGUGAGUUGGACUCCCUAAGGCCGACUGUGGAGGAGGCUCGGCAGUGGGCCAGGUCCCUGGACACACUUCUCUCAAAUAGAUACGGGCUUCUGGCAUUCAAGGGCUUCCUGCACACCGAGUUCAGUGAGGAGAACCUCGACUUCUGGCAGGCCUGCGAGGACUACAGGAACACCAAGUCCUUGGGCAAACUUGCCUCCAAGGCCAGGAAGAUCUUCGCCGAGUUCAUCACCACCCACGCUCCCCGAGAGGUCAACCUGGACUCCUUCACGCGGGAUGCCACCACAGUCAGCGUCCUGAGCCCCAGUCGCUCAACCUUCGACCUGGCCCAGAAGCGGAUCUACAGCCUGAUGGAGACGGACUCCUAUCCUCGCUUCCUGCGCUCCGAGCUUUACCAGAAGCUGGCGAACCCCAGGCAGCUGAACGGCCUGGCAUAGGCAGAGUCAGUGGGUGGGUUGGGGGUGGGGGUGGUCAUGGCUGGCCGGGACUGGAGGCCCCAACUCCUGACCCCAGCUUGAGAUUCAUUUAUUUAUUGAUUGAAACGUACAGUAAAAUGCAUCAUUUGCAUUAAUAAUUGACACAACUAAGAUUGUGCUGGGGGCAGCCCGUAAGUAUCUCCAUACAUUCUGGUGUCAACGUAGCACGUCCCAACGUCCUGCAGACCAACACAGGCAGCAACAACAGCAGCAGGAACAAUGGCAGCAAGACAGUCCCCUUCCUUCCCUCUCACCCACUCACACAAUCCUCCAACCCCAGGACGGACACCUCCGGGCCUCCGCCCAGUUCCUUGACUCUCAGACAAGAGGCUGCUGUCCUCCAGUCACUGGCCCAGACUCGCAGAGAUCAAACCUCAGACCUCCAGACAUGCCGACUCAGGAGCUUUGACCACUGGGCCCGCCGUCUCUGGUCUUCGAACUUUGAAUUUCGAGCUCUGUGCUCACCGAACCUCAGGACUCGCCAGUUGUGGGAGUUUGAUCUCCGGACUCUCAUGGACCUCUGACUCCAGGACUCACCCACCUUGGGGAAUCACUGUCUUCGUUCUCAGCUCCUGCCAACCUGACCAGCCAGUGUUGCUGGCACUCUGACCUAGACCUUGAUCAAUGGCUCCUCCUGCCAACUCUUCGUUUACUACCCCUGACCUCUAAUUCCCUCCCAUCCCUGUUCCUAAACCCUAAUCUGACCCCAAACUCCCCACUCAGUUUCCACAACCUUCCCUAUGCACCUAAAAAUCAAUGUCUGAGGCACAGCGUUGACAGACCACUUCCAGAUCUUGUAUGGAACAUACCCCAAUCCCACUACUCACCCACCAAGACCACCCUCUGAUUCAUUGGAGCAUCUUCAUCCCCUCACAUGACGAUCUGGGAUUUCUGAUGGUGGAAGGGAGAGCGGAGGGAACGCAAUGCCUCACUGGACUGAAGUGUGACUUACUUAUUGUUUAGUGGAAUGGGAGAGAGCGAAUACCUCCUGUCUCAGAGAGAUGGAGGGUGUUUGGUUAUCUGUAAACCAAGGUAACAAAUGAGGCCAAUAUGGACAUGUUGUUGAGUUCCCUAUGCGUGGACUGGAGACUCUCUGAAACGCAAAUACUACUGGUUGAUUGACACAUAUGAUGGGCUGAAGGGCCUGUUUCUCUUCUAUAUGACUCUCAUCACCAUCCUGAGAUGUUCCUCCUCCAAGCUUGCAACCAAGAAUUCCAGAACCAAGAACUCUCUGUGAAUGCUCCGAUCUUUCAAGAUGGCUUAGAGUGCUUCCUGAGGUUCCCCCCCACCCCCCACCCCGUUCCUUUCCCAGACAGCAUCUUCUUCAGGGAGAACUCGGAGAAUAUUCUGGAGAGUGUAAGUAUUAACAAGACGGAGGUGAUUUUUGUCUCAGAAAGAAUAAAAAGAGGAUAAAUUCUCAAUGGCUGGAAGAGAUCCAACCCCAGAGAAACAUCCCAGAUCUAUUUCGGGGAGAACAUUGAACACAGAAUACUACCGCACAGUACGGCAAUUCAAGAUUGGUCAGUAUGGCAUUGUGGGCAUCACUGAGUCUUAGUUGGGAGCUUAACAUCGAAGGAUAUACUUUGUUUUGAAGGGACAGGCAGGAAGGCGUGGGCAGUGGUGUGGCUCUGUUGGUAACAGAUGUAAUUCCACCUGUACAAAGAAGUGACACAGGGUCAGAGACUGUUGAAUCUUUGUGGGUGGGGUUAAGAAAUUGCAAGGGUAAAAAAUCAGCAUGGGAAUUGUUACGAACUAUAAUGUUUUAGAAACGAACGAGCAGCAAUAGAUUAGACCUGAAGUCUGGUUUUGAUGAUAAAACUACUUAUAAUAUAGUAACUUAAACAAAGAUAAACAGAAGUUAACAGUGUUAUGUGUAUAUAUGUGU